AUGGCUUCCUCGAGUGAUCAAGCUCACUAUUUCAUCCUCAUAAUUGCCACCACCGCCACCUUACUCGUUUUAAGGCUCGCCAAAAUAUUCAUACUCAACAAAAACCCAUCUCCGGCGAACAACCGCAAACUCCGCCUGCCACCGAGCCCGCCGGCGCUGCCGCUCAUCGGCCACAUCCACCACCUGGCGUCGGCCCAACCCUUGUUCAAAACAUUCCACGCGCUCCGCCAGAAGUACGGCCCGCUCCUCUACCUCCGCCUGGGCUCCUACCCGGUCGUCCUCGUCUCCUCGCCGUCCCUCGCCUCCGAGAUCUUCCGCACCCAUGACGUCAGCUUCGCGGCGAAGCCCGACUCGCCGCUCGAGGACCGGCUGCUGUACGGUGACUCGGGGUUCGUGACCGCUCCCUACGGGGACUACUGGAAGUUCGUGAAGAAGCUGUGCGUCACGGAGCUGCUCUCCACGCGCCAGCUGGACCGGUCUAGGAGCGUGAGGCGGGAAGAAGUGGAGCGGCUGCUCAGGAAAUUAGUGGCCAAGAGCGAGGAGAAGGCCGCCGCGGACUUGAGCGUUGAGCUCAUGAGUCUGACGAAUAACGUCACAUGCAGGAUGGCGAUGAGCACAAGGUGUUCCGGCGAGGACAACGAAGCAGAGAGGUGCAGAAAGUUGGUGAACGAGUCAAAUGAGCUGACAGCCAAAAUGCUGCUGGCGCAUAUGCUCGGACCUUUCAAGAGAGUGGGAUACUUCUUGCUUCGGCGGCAAGCAAAGGAAUUCCCGGCGAGGUGCGACGAGAUGCUCGAGAGAAUCCUCAUGGAGCAUGAAGAAAGAUCGGCAUCAUCAGCUGCCUACAGAAGUGACGAUGAUGAUGGCCCCAGCUUCGACUGUACGAACCCUGAUUUUAUGGAUAUUCUUCUACGAGUGUCCAAUGAUCCAGAGGCCGAUAUCAAGGUCACCAGAAAGAAUAUCAAGGCCUUCUUCUUGGAUAUAUUCAUUGCCGGUACCAGCACAACAGCAGACGCAAUGGUGUGGACGAUGGCAGAGAUCUUGAACCAUCCAGCCAUAUUCAAGAGGGUGAGGCAAGAGAUUCACGAUCUAACCAAUGGAAGCGGCAACAACAGGUUGGUGGAAGAGACAGACAUUCCAAACCUCUACUAUUUACAAGCCGUCGUGAAAGAGGCAUUAAGGCUACACCCUCCAGUAAUGGCGGUACCUAGGGUUUGUCGCGAAGCUUGCAGGGUCGGAGGGUUCGACAUACCAAAAGGCGUGGCUGUGGCGCUCAAUGUAUACUCCAUAACCAGAGAUCCCGAUGUAUGGGAGAAUCCUGACGAAUUCUCUCCUGAGAGGUUUCUUCAGGGUAAGGUCGAGAAGGGAUUUCAGGCGAAUGGCUUCGCUACAUUUGGUGGUGGAAGGAGGAUGUGUCCUGGUUCGAACUUGGCGUUCACGGUCAUAUGUUAUGCGGUUGCGGCCAUGGUUCAGUGCUUUGAGUGGAAGUUUGCGAAUGGGGAAGAGGGUGUGAAGAUGGAAGCAGGUUUAGGGAUGACUAUGAGCUUGGCCAAACCGCUUGUUUGUCUUCCACUGCUGCAGGUUUGCUUCGAUCAAUUUCAUAUGGAAGCUUCUUCGAUUUGA